AUGGCGUUUGAUUCUUCUGAUGUUAAAUUUUUAAACGACAACAUAAGAGACACCGUUUCUCCUGCUACUUAUACUUCAAUAGAUAUAUCAAUAUACUUUAGAAACAAUAAUAUCAGACCUACUUUAGAAACCGUUAUUGAAUGUAUCAUUAGAUUACAAGCAUCAAGGCAUAGGAAUUUUUGCAACCCUGCCAUCGUUAGGGUAAGGGAACUAAUAUUAUUAUCUAUUAGUCCCAAAGAACGAGAUGAUUAUGAAGAUCUUGUUAAUCAAGUUCUCGCUAGAUUAACACCAGCGCCCUCUCUACCGCAAACCCCAGCUAUUCCCACUUUUUCUGUGUCUAGAGAAAUGCUUGAAGGCUUUGAUUUUUGUCCAUAUAUGAGGCACCAAGAACAAAAACAAGAAUAUAAUAGUGCCGAGACGUUAAAUGCGG